AUGUUAUCCUUUCCAUAUGUUAUAACUAAAACAGACCACAUAGGGGUUAUUUUACCAACAGGAACGAAACUAAAACCUAUGCGCCGAAAGGUUGAAUUUUGGGAUUGCAGAAAGCAUCGAAAGGAAGAUUUCCACAAAGCUUUAGCAGAAGAAGAUUGGGAAGAUGUAUCGCAGUCCACGAAUGUAAAUGACGCUGUGAAUUGUCUUGAACGUAAGAUCAUGGAUCAUUUGAAUAAAUGUAUGCCCACAAAAACAGUCUCAAUUUCGUCACGUGACCCUUACUGGAUGAGUCUUUUAAUUAAAUCUUUGCUAAAAGCUAAAUACAGAAUUGCUCGGUCGCAAAAGGAUAGACUCAGUUUAAUUAACAAAAGGAUUUCUGAUGUCAUUUGUCUAAACAGAAGAAAUUUUAGGGCCUUGGUGGGAAGUAGAACUUGGUGGAGAAAGACGAAUGAUAUUUCUCAGCGAAAUGCAUCGUCAUCAAGAGUUACUUUAGAUAAUGCAUCACUUACAAGAUUAAAUCGCUACUUUGGCGAACUCUGCCACGAUGAUAGUAUGUCGAACCGACGCUCUCAAUUAUUGGUGAUGAAGUAGAUAUUCCUAGCUUCACGGAACAGCAGGUAUGGAAUGCCUUGAAAAGAAUAAAGAGGACAGCAACAGGUCCCGAUUAUAUUCCCUAUUGGGUUUAGAGUGAUCAUGCUGAAAUUCUAACCGAAGUUAUAACUAACGUCUGGAAUUUGUCCCUUUCAUCACAUACUUGGCCAGAUUCAUGGAAAAGAGCGAAUAUUAACCCUCUUGCAAAGGUUGAUUUACCAAAGGAAGACGGUGACUUUCGUGGAAUAAAUAUUACACCUGUAAUUGCGAGGACCUUCGAAAAGCUCGUUUAUAAUAGUCAGGUCAAGUCGACAGUUGAGGAAAUUUUAUCCCCACCGCAAUUUGCGUGCAGGCAGGGGGGGAGUUGUACAAACGCUCUGUUGACUAUUCAGAACAAAGUACUCAGCUUCUUAGAUAGAGCGGACUGCAAAGCAGUUAGACUGUUUUCUAUGGAUUUUAGCAAGGCUUUCGACUCCGUGAAACAUUCACUUCUCUCGGAAAAGUUAAAAAAUGUGCCACUCAACCCUUAUAUCAUAAAUUGGUAUUUAAAUUUUCUAAAGAAUAGAAAGCAAAGAGUCGUUUGUAACGAUUUUUGUGGAGAAUGGAUGGAUGUUAAUAAGGGUACAACACAGGGGAGAGUAAGUGGCCCCUACCUUUUUAAUAUUUUCCUAAAUGAUUUAGAGGUGGACAUAGACGGCGAGAACGCUCUUUUUAAAUAUGCGGACGAUUCAAAUAUAAUAGUGCCAGUUUGGAGUGACGGUCCUGAUACAUUAACAGAUACAGUUGGACAAUUCCUGAGCUGGUCUGACGAUAAUUUUCUGACUUGUAACCCUGGUAAAUGUAAAGAGCUUAUCAUCCGGAAGAAGGGAUAUAAUGAUCAACUCGACAAUGUUUAUAAUAUACCCCAAUGCAAAGAACUUCCCAUUUUAGGUACUAUUUUUCAAGACAAUCUCAAGUUCACCACGUCAUGUGCGAGGUAA